GCGAAGGUACUUCCUCUUCUUCUUCUACGGUGUUUUAGGGCAGUUGGCAUCCAAAGUGUCGCAUCACUGCCACCUACAGUUUACUCUCCCUUUAUAUCCAUUCCAAAUGAGUUUUUCCACUCCUGUGGUCCUUAAAUAAACUAAAUAUCCACUCCCUUUCUUGAACUAGUCCAAUGUUAAUGAACUCCCAACUUCUUAUCUGAUCCGCAUUCCAGUCCAGCAAGUGGCGGUAACGCACUCUCUGCCGCCAUUUUGGAAGAAGCUGACGAAGAAGAAGAAGAAGAAAAGAAACAGUUUGUUGUGGAUUUGUCGUUGCUGGACUCGGGAGCAACAGAAGAAGGGAUUUGAGCUGUCUUAGACUGUGUUUGAAACGGACGUGAUAUUUCCUGUUUUCACGGCUCUCCCUGGGAAUUAACACGGCUGAAUGGCUGUCUGCUGGUGGUUGUUGAUCCACUGUGUCUUGGUCACUUCAUCCUCGGCUCACAAUGACUUCUUCACCUCCAUCGGCCAAAUGACUGACCUGCUGUUCACAGAGAAGGACCUGGUCACCUCUCUGAAGGACUACAUCAGAGCAGAGGAGAACAAGCUGGAGCAGAUCAAAAGAUGGGCUGAUAAACUGGACGUCCUCUCAGUUGCAGCCACUCAGGACCCUGAAGGUUUCCUUGGACACCCGGUGAACGCCUUCAAACUGAUGAAGAGACUCAACACUGAGUGGGGGGAGCUAGAGAGUCUGGUGCUCACCGACAUGUCUGAUGUGUUCAUCUCUAACCUCACCAUCCAGAGGCAGCACUUCCCCAAUGAUGAUGACCAGACCGGAGCUGCUAAAGCUCUGAUGCGGUUGCAGGACACCUACCAGCUGGACACCAACACCAUCUCCACCGGAGAGCUGCCAGGCUCGUCCUCAGCCACCUCACACCAGACCGCUCUGACGGUGGACGACUGCUACGACCUCGGGAAGGUGGCGUACUCAGAGGCCGACUACUACCACACGGAGCUGUGGAUGGUUCAGGCCCUGAGGCAGCUGGACCAAGGAGAGACGUCCAGCACUGUGGACGCCGUCACCAUCCUGGACUACCUGAGCUACUCGGUCUACCAACAGGGGGCGCUGGAGAGAGCGCUGGAGUUCACCAAGAGGCUGCUGGAGCUCGACGCGACACACCAGCGAGCCAACGGGAACCUGAAGUACUUUGAGUACCAGCUGGCCAAACAGAAGAAGGUGGAGGAGGGGGAGGGGGCUGAGGGGAGGCAGAAGAGGGAGGCCAAGGGUCAACAUGACGACUACCUGCCCGAGAGGAAGAAGUACGAGAAGCUGUGUCGAGGCGAGGGCAUCAGGAUGACUCCUCGCAGGCAGAGUCGUCUCUUCUGCCGUUACUAUGACAACAACCGCCACCCAAGGUACGUGAUCGGUCCGGUGAAGCAGGAGGACGAGUGGGACCGCCCCCUCAUCGUCCGCUUCCACAACAUUGUGUCGGACAAAGAGUUGGAGAAGGUCAAAGAGCUCGCCAAACCCAGGCUCAGACGUGCCACGGUGCAUGACCCUCAAACAGGCAAACUGACCACGGCCCAUUACAGAGUCUCCAAGAGCGCCUGGCUCGGAGCGUAUGAACAUCCGGUGGUGGACACGAUCAACCAGAGGAUCGAGGACAUCACUGGGCUGGACGUCACCACUGCUGAGGACCUGCAGGUGGCGAACUAUGGCGUUGGAGGACAGUACGAGCCUCAUUUCGACUUUGGACGGAAAGACGAACCGGACGCUUUUGAGGAGCUGGGGACAGGAAACAGAAUCGCCACCUGGCUGCUCUACAUGAGUGACGUACAGGCAGGGGGCGCCACAGUCUUCACUGAUGUAAGAGCUGCUGUUUGGCCCAAAAAGGGGACGGCGGUGUUCUGGUACAACCUGUACCCCAGCGGAGAGGGAGACUAUCGGACCAGACACGCUGCCUGUCCCGUUCUGGUGGGAAACAAGUGGGUAUCAAAUAAAUGGAUCCAUGAGCGAGGGCAGGAGUUCAGGAGGCGCUGCGGCCUCCAGGAGACGGACUGACGACUGACUUGACACCCCCCCACCCCCCCACCAUCAAAAGCUGACUUGUUACACCCCCUCUUUCCCACCAGUACUUUCUACUGUUCUACGUCCUCUUGUUUCUUUUAUUUAUAGAGUCGGAACACAUGCAGCUCCGGCGUCACUUUAGCUUUUAAUGAUAAUUUUUUUUCUCCGUUUAAUCUUGAUUCUAACCGCUGUCGCCUGAACGCAGCACAAGUUCAGAUAUUUUGUAAAUCAGCUUUCACGGAACGCUGCAAUUUUUCUUUUAAAUUCAGUCUGUGAACGCAGCAUCAGUGUCAGAACAGUUCUUUCUAGCUGAGAGUUACAUGUUCGGAGUCAUGCCACUCUUAUGUCUUCACAGUAAAUAUGAAGAUACAACCAGCAGCUAGUUAGCUUAGCUUAGCCUAGCUUAGUUUAGCUUAGCUUAAAGACUGACAAACCUGUGUAAACUUUUAGCCUGGCUCUCAGGGUUUCUGCAGGUCUUUCCUCCGUGUCCUGCUGCUUAUCCAUAUCGUGAUUAACUAUUAAUGAAGAAUAUUAUUAGGCAUUACAAAUACUGACAGAAAUGUGAUGUAAAUGUUUGACCACUUGGUGAAUAAUUCGAGGCCGUAUCAUCCGCACUGGUUUUACUCUGGAGCAGGAUUUAAAAGGGUCUUAAAGUUGACCUGGGUGAACCUGCUGAAACCCUGUCUGAAGCUUACUCAUUAUCUAAUUUGAACAAAAAACAUCAAUUUGCAGUUUGUCAGGGCCCGAUUUAUUUUUAAAUUCAUUUAUUUUUUAUUUCAAUUUGUUGUUUUUCCACUUUUUUCCACAUCUAUUGUGAUAGACUUAAAAAAAAUCUUAAAAACCCAUCCUCCACCUGUUCAUCUGUCCUUCAUCACUCCUUCUUCACUCUGACCUCAGAGCUGAAUCACUGAAAACAUGUCGGCGUCAAACACAGCACGACUUUUAUUUAAUGCAAAAGAAUGUGUAUGUGAAGUUGAACUCCUGUUUGUGUCACUGGAAUGAUAAUUUUGCUAAAAAGCAUUUAAGAAUAUCAUGGUUGAUUUGUUCUGUGCAGUAUGUUUCUAAUCAGGAUAAAUAAAGUAUAAAGUGCUGCUGCAAAAGAAAUUCAGCACCGUGAGAAAACACAA